AUGUCUUUUCAAAGCCGGGCAAACGAUCAGCUUGUUUUCGAUCGUCAACAUAAUGAAAACGUAAACGAAACGUUUGCGACGGAACGAUGUCGAUCGAAAACUAAAAAUAAUAUAAACGACAUUUAUUACGGAGAAGCAAUCUCGCAAUCAACUUUUUAUGAUAGUAACCGAAAACAAUACGGCUCAUUCGAUGAUAUUAAAGAUAUUGCUACUGUAAAUUUACAUCGCUCCGAACUCGAUAGAAGAUUAUCGAUGCAGAGUAAUAAUCCGAACAUUUAUCAGAGCGCUUUCGAAUAUCCAAUUUCUGAACGCCCUUCCGAUUGCUACAGCUUAUUCGAAUGUAGUAGCCAUUUCCUUCAACAGACCUUACCAAAAUCGGACAAUUUAGAUUUCACUUUGGAUGUAGGCGAAGAUAAAUAUCAAGACAGUUUUUUGCCAAGUCUUACAAUAUUUAAUCAGAAAUUUAUUGAAAAAUCCUCGAUUGAGGAAGAUUCGCUUAUGAAAGCAAAAAUAAUAGAGUUGCCUCCGGAUAGCCCGCCCGAUGAAAACGCAAUAGGCUUAACUUCUAAGACUGACUAUAAAAAAGAUAUUUAUCCAGUGGUUGAGCAGUUUUUGCAGAAUUUUAAACUCAGUAACGAUACGGAUAAAUCGCCAAACAACAAUGACGAAUUCAAUAAAAUGGAUACGGAUAGCAAUUUCUUUAACUAUUCUACGUCUAUUGGAGAAAAAUUAUUAAAAAUGUUUGAAAAAAUCCAUCCAGGUCCUAUUGAAAAUAAAGUAGAUGAACCUAAUGAUCAAGUAGUAAAACAAAAUUUAGAAGCUGAAGCGAAUAGUGCGCUAAGUGUUGCUCACGAUGAAGGAGAUCUUAAAGUGUCAGAUAUAUUAGAAAAUAAAAAUCAGGCUGAGCCUGACAUCAUUGGUACUGAUAGAAUUAAUGAAAAUAAAGAAAAUUUGCCAAAAUGUGAAGUUCAAAAGGACGAGGUCAAACAGCAUGCCAAAAGAGAGGACAAAGUAAAUAGUUUCAUAGUAGUCGAUUUACCGCGACAUGAUACAUGCAGUACAAAAGAUAGAAUUUCUACUGUCCAAAAAACUAUUAAGAAAUCCGGGACUAAAUCCAAAAUAACUAUGAGACAUUGUUCUGACACUGUAAGAAGUAUGAAUAAAUGUGAAACUGACUAUGAUGACAUGUUUGACCAUAAAAAACUAAAUUUGACGCCCAGAUCUUUUAAACUGCGUGCUAGAAAAAACUAUUCUCUUUUAUUCGACAAUAUCAUUAACAGUGAAUUUGGUACAGAAAAACAAACGAGGUUAGAAUCUGGGGCAGUAAAUAAAAAAGUUGAUACACGCACAUUUAAUGAAAAAUAUGAAAACGAAGAGCAACCUGCAGCUGAAAUGGCCAAAGUUAAUAAUGAAAACAACAGUGAUUCAAAAGACUCAAAACAUAUUCAAAAAAAUAUCGAUAGCUCAGAUAAUAACAACGAAGAUUUUUAUAUUCGCAAAAUAGAAAAAGAAAAAUAUAAUAUCACUAGACCCUAUAUCCCUCUUGAAAUAACAAAACAUAGACAUAAUACAAUACUUCAACUCAAGGAAAUUCACGUGGCGCCAAUAUUAGAUAAUAAUGAUCAGAUGAUUAAAAAGAGUAAGUGUGAAAGUGUAAAUAUAGAUAAAAUCGAUGAUUCACAAAAAGAUGAACAUACGAAUAAUAAGAAAAUAGAAACUGAAAUGGAAACUGUGAUAAUUAAAGUGAAGACAGAUGUAAAAGAGAACCAAUCUAAAAAUUCAGAUUUAAAUAAUAUCACUAAAAAAAGCGCAGAAAAUGAUAGGGAUCAAUUGAUAAGUGGGACCACCAAAAAGAGGAACAUUAUGAGCUUGUCUAAUCCAGUUGCAUCGUGUAAACAUGACAGCAAGAAACAAAACAUUAAAGAAGAGAAACACGAUUUGCAACAAGCCAGCAAAAGUAACGCCCAAAUGUGUGAAAAACAAAAUUUGGAAGCUCAACGAAGUCAAAUUAAGUUCGGUAAAAAUGACAAUAAAAAAGAUAGUCAGAGACACGCGCGGCAAUCUGAAGCUUACAGAAAAUAUAGUCUGAAUUUAGACAGUGAGGUUAAAAAAGAAGACCCUAUAGAUAAAGAAUCAAAACAAGAAGAUCCCAAUUCUGAUUCCAGUUCGUCUGACGAUGACCAGCGACAUAAACGCAAGCUGAGGAAGAACCGAGCAUAUAAACAUCGUCACCAAUACCAAAAACGGUUGAAAUGGAAAACUUGCAAGAAAAAUAAACACAGCAAAAGUAAUUCGGAGAAAGAAUAA